CUCAUGUAGAUGUCAUUACCACCAAUCUCAGAAAAUCUCUAUGUGGGUAAUGUUACUUUGAACUUGUAUUAGAAUGAGCAACAUACCAACAUCUCUCACACAAUCUUCCUUCACAUUCGCAAUCUCUGCCUCUCAUCCGUGGCCUUUCUCUCUUGUACUUUUUUUCUCCCAACGUCAAAUUCCUCAGAUAACCCGGAAACAAAAACUAGGAUUCCUGCAAAGGGUAGGGUAGGGUAGCUUCCAAUUUCUGUUUUUUGGUUUUUUUGCAAUGGAGAACCAAAAUCACCACCACCACCGUCUCAACUUCCAUCUUCAUCAUCAUCAUCAUCAAGAGAAGGAGGAGGAGUUGAAAGAUGUCCCCAAGGGUUGUGUAGCAAUCAUGGUGGGUCAAGGCGAGGAGCAAAAGAGGUUUGUGAUCCCUGUAAUCUAUGUGAAUCAUCCCCUGUUUGAACAAUUGUUGAAAGAAGCAGAGGAGGAAUAUGGGUUUGAUCGAAAAGGACCCAUUACAAUUCCUUGUCAUGUGGAGGAGUUUCAAGCUGUUCAAGGCAUGAUUCACAAGGAAAAAUCUCAUCACCACCACCACCUUCUUCUUCAUGGCUCGUGCUUCAGGCAGGGUUUGAUACGUGAUUAUGACGAAAGAAUUAGAUUGAAUUGUUGUAGAGAUUUGUGAUUUUUAUUGAAUUUUAUUUUGAGGGAAGAGAAUUAGACGAGGCAAAGUGAGAUGAUGUUGUUGUUCUUGAUGGGAACACAAGAAAGAAAGUGUGUAAUGUAAUUAAAAGGGACCAAUGUCCUUGGAGAGACGUUGACUGGAACUUGGAAUAAGCCAAAGGGUUUGCUUUUGCUUAGAGGCGUUGGAUUUUAAUUAAAUGCUUCAUAUUUUAUAAGUUGUUUCUUGGA